GCAACCUGCUCCCGGGCGGGGCCAGAGCUGCGCAGUCAUGAUCACCACGGAGGCCGCGGCAGAGUCCGCUGUCCCCGCGGUGCCCAGUGAUGCGACCGCCACUGGAAUCCCGGAGCGCGAGGAGCUGGUGUGGCCCUGGAAAGAUGCCCCGAUCCCGGCGCUGGUGCAGCGCAUCCACCAGUUGCAGGCUGAGCGCGCGCAGGCCUUCCGCCGGCUGGAGGACCUCAGGACCCCCACCUGCCGCAGAGGCCACCGCCAGUACCUGAGCAGCGGCCCGCCCUACGACUUCCCGCGCUACCGGAGCACAGUACACGAGGUGACCCAGGCCUUCGCCGCCGCCUCGCGGGAGGUGCUGGCGGUGGAGGCCGAGCUAGCCGGACCCCGAGCGCGGCCGCUGCUCGCGAGCCACGUGCGCAGGCUGCAGCAGCUGGAGGAGACGCGCCUGGCUACGGUGGCCCUGCUGCAGCUGAUGGGGACACCAGAGCUGACUGAGCAGGAGGACAGCCAGCAGAUGCACCAGCUGAAGAUGAAUUUCCAUCCACUCUUGUAGGGUAAUUAAAACCAUGGAAGCGAUCAGUGAGGUUCUCCAGGACCUCAGGUUUGAUGCGGAAUCUGCUGAGUGAUGGUGGCUCUCCAGGGACAAGUCAAGGGAGAUGGGAAAUGGGGCAUACGGCGCCCUGCUGCCCUGACCGCCAGCUGGCUGGGGUCACUCCCCACCGGACCACUGACCCUCUUCGAGUUCGCCUCCCCUCUCAUAAUAAAGAACCUAAAGAACCUU